AUGCACUUCAAGCAGCUCUUCCUUAGGGGACUGAUGGAAACGUACAAACAAGCAGACGAGAUCCGGGUCUACGAGGACCGACCAAAGCACACCAAAGGCUUUCGCGACUUUUUUGCCGAGUUCAACCGUGAACAGAGCAGUGCACCAACAAGAGGGCCCAUCACAGCCGAGGUCAUCCAAGUGGCUGACUGUUCAACAACCCUGGACCCCGUUGCUGAGGUGGCCGAGAUUCAGCACAUGAUCAACAUUCACAACGAUCUGGUUUCCAAACAGUCUCCAAGACAGCGCCAGCACCGACUCAGGAUUAAGAAGACUGUGUUUUUUACCGGCUACAUGAUUGGACCCGAGGAUACCAAGAAACUCAUCAAGCUCGCCCAUAUACCCCCCAAUACGCCCCAGCAUGAGCUCAAAUAUCAUGGCAACAAUAUCCUCAUCUGCCCCCGUCCGUGCCCUGCUAGUAUCUUGGAGAAGGUCGGUGGAAUGGGUAGCAAAAUGCAGUGGGAAGUCGUUGGUACUUCUUGCUUCGACAACAGUAUUUGGGCAGCACAGUUGCGGCCUAUCCCCCAAAAUGCCAAGUACCACACCGACAACCCUAGUCCUUUGGUUGUUUUGGCAUUGAGAAAGGGAGCUCGACCAAUGGACGCAGGCAAAAUACAGAACUGGCAGCCCAUAUCACCAGAACAGUCGUUUACCUUCGAAACCGUGGUCGGUGAGAAGGUCAUUCUACGCAUCGAACCAGAGGACCCGCGGGAGGACGCUUAUGAAAGUCUGUUCGCUAAUAAGACAUCGAAGCGAAAGCACAACGGUGACGAGGAUUGGAAUCAGAAUCAGAGGAACACCAAUAGCCACUACAGUGGGCGUAACGAGUCUCGCGGCUACCAUUCAGGAGGGGGUCGUGGAGGCCGGGGCGGCCGGGGCGGCCGGGGCCGUGGUAAUGCCAGGGGCGGUCGUGGAGGCCGCGGAAGGGGCGGCGGCGGCUACAACUACCGAUCCCUCGACGAUGUUGAGCCCAGGAACCAGCAGGGCGGCUAUGGGCAACAGGUGGAUUAUGAUGACUCCUACCCGCCGCUCAGCAAGAGUAACAACCCUCCCACAUCAGCACCCAGUGGUCCCGCCCAAGGAAACUUUGGCGGCCGAAACCAGCCUCCCCGUGGUCCUGCAGGUGCACAACGACCUAUGGGUCAGGCAGCUAACAACAGCUCAGACUUGCAGAAUUACUAUUAG